AAAAAAAAAUAUUUUAAAAAACAUUUUAAACAUUAUAAACAUCAUCUAAACAUUAUUAAAACAUUUCUCAAAAUGACACGUAACAAGGAUACGGAAUUUAAUAACGAUCAUACUAAUAAUAAUAGUAGUAGUAAUAGUUAUAAUAAAUUUGAAAGGAAAAUUUCAAGAUUAUUUGAUGAUUUCUUAAAUGAUGUAGGAUUUACCAGAACUAAUAGUACAAAAUUUCGUGGUGUAGAUGAUGGUAAAAAUGCUACUUGGUCCCCUGCUAUUGAUAUAAAGGAAGUUGAUAGAGAAUAUCUUGUUGUCGCUGAUGUUCCCGGUGUUAGAAAAGAUGAUAUUGAUAUCGAGUUACAUGAAUCAGUUUUGGUUUUGUCCGGUCAUCUUAGUCAAGAUAUAUAUUCUUCUCCACAAGCACAAGAGAUAAAUGUUGGUAAAGAUAAUCGCCAACAUCCAACUAAUCAAUCUAAUCAAUAUCCGCCACCUCAACAGUAUCAACAACAACCACCUCAACCAUAUCAACAAACGACCGAACCUCAACCAUUUCAACAAACUCAACAACAACCUCAACAACAGCUUCAACAACAACCUCAACAAUCUACCGAACCUCAGAAAUAUCAACAACAACCAUCUUCAGCUCAACAGUAUCAACAAACGGCCGAACAAAAAUAUAAUUUAAAUGAGCCUCAACAACAAUCGAGCCAGCCUCAACAAUACCAACAACAAUCGGAUGAUCCUCAUAACCAACAAUCAUCGAAUGAUCCCCAAUACCAACAACAAACGAAUGAAUAUCAACAUAUUAAACAUCGUCGUCAAAACGAUCCUUCUCAAAAUGAUAGAUUUCAUAUACGAGAACGUCCUUAUGGUUAUUUUUCCAGAUCAAUUCAGUUACCUACUAAUAUUAAAUCGGAUGAUGAAUUUUUUGCUACUUUAGAAAAUGGUGUAUUAAAGAUCAGAAUUCCUAAAAAUAAUGAUAAACCUAAAAGAAAGAUUACAAUUAAGUAAAGUAGUAUGAGCAUUUGAAAUAAUUUAUAAACGUUUGAAAUAAUUCAAAAAACAUACUAGCAAUAUUUUUUAUUAAUUCACAUAUAUGUAAUAAUUUUUGUAUUAUAUCUUUGCUAUAUUAUAUUAUUAAAUAUAUAUUUUUAUGAAUAACAAUAUGACUUCGGA